AUGGCAGCAACUAAUAUCAGUGCAGGAGCUCCGAGUUAUCCAAUGGCUUCAUUAUAUGUUGGUGAUCUUCAUCCUGAUGUUACUGAGGCAAUGUUAUUCGAUAAAUUUGCAAGUGCUGGACCUGUACUUUCAAUUCGAGUCUGUCGUGAUAUGAUCACACGACGAUCACUUGGCUAUGCCUACGUUAAUUUCCAACAACCAGCUGAUGCCGAACGUGCACUUGAUACAAUGAAUUUUGAUUUACUUCGCGGUCGUCCAUUACGUAUAAUGUGGUCACAACGUGAUCCAGCAUUACGAAAAUCAGGUGUUGGCAAUGUAUUUAUUAAAAAUUUAGACAAAAAUAUUGAUAAUAAAUCACUUUAUGAUACAUUCUCAGCUUUUGGAAAUAUUCUCUCAUGCAAAAUUAUGACUGAUGAAAAUGGACAAUCAAAAGGUUUUGGUUUUGUUCAUUUUGAAACCCAAGAAGCAGCAGAUAAUGCUAUUAAUAAAGUUAAUGGUAUGUUACUUGCUGAUAAAAAAGUAUUUGUCGGUCGAUUUAUGUCACGAAAUCAACGUGCUGAUGCUGGUGGACCACGUAAAUUUACAAAUAUAUUUAUAAAAAAUUUUGGUGAUCAAUUAGAUGAAGAAAAAUUACGUGAACUUUGUUCAAAAUAUGGUAAAAUAACAAGUUGUAAGGUUGUUAGUGAUGAUAGUGGUCAUUCGAAAGGUUUUGGUUUUUGCAGUUUUGAAAGUCCUGAAGAAGCUGAACAAGCUGUUCAAAGUUUAAAUGGUUAUUCAAUAGGUGAUAAACAAAUAUAUGUUGGUCGUUUUCAAAAAAAGAAUGAACGACAAUCAGAAAUCAAACGUAAAAAAGAAUUACAACGUCAAGAACGAAUGAAUAAAUAUCAAGGUGUCAAUUUAUAUAUUAAAAAUUUAGAUGAUACUAUUGAUGAUGAAAGAUUACGAAAAGAAUUUUCAAAAUUUGGCUCUAUAACAAGUGCUAAAAUUAUGUCUGAAAAUGGUCGUUCAAAAGGUUUUGGUUUCGUUUGCUUUAGUGCACCUGAUGAAGCAACAAAAGCUGUUACCGAAAUGAAUGGUUCAAUUGUAGGCUCAAAACCACUUUAUGUUGCUUUAGCACAACGAAAAGAAGAACGUCGUAUGCAUUUAGCUAAUCAACAUAUGCAACGUAUAGCAACAUCACGUGUACCACCACCAAUUCAACUACCAUUUCCAAAUAGUAUGGCCGGUAUGAUGUCAUAUUUACCAACACCAAUGGGUCCAUCACAACCACGUAACUUCUAUCCACCAACAGCAUUACCAACAUAUCGACCAACGCCACGUUGGUCCGGAGCUGCAGGCGGUGGUAUGAGACCACAACCAGGUGCACAAAUGAUUGCUGGUAUGCAAAUGCCACAGUCAAUGGCUACAGCACAACAUCGAACCGGUGCAAUGAGUAAUUUAUCAGCACGAUCAGGUAUGCCAAUGGCAACACGACCAACACCAAAUCAAAUGAUGGCCGGUGGUGCUGUUCGACCUCAAACCGGUGUACAACAACAAAAUACAGCUUAUACACGUACAGCACGAAAUUUACCACCAAGUAAUGCGGGCAUUUUUCCUAAUUCAAUAGUUGUUGCUGGUCAAGAACCAUUAACACCAGCCGCUCUUGCUAAUGCAACACCACAAGAACAAAAACAAAUGUUAGGUGAACGCUUAUUUCCAUUAAUUCAACAAAUGCAACCAGAUUUAGCCGGCAAAAUAACUGGUAUGCUUCUCGAAAUUGAUAAUACAGAACUUCUUCAUAUGCUAGAAUCACGUGAAUCACUUAAAGCAAAAGUUGAAGAAGCUAUUGCUGUACUUCAAGCUCAUCAAGCUAAACAAAUGUUUGUUGCUAAACAAGCUGCAACAAAUUCAACUACUUCGUAG